CGGUGAUAUUAGUGUUUAAAUAACAAACUGAAAAAAACACAGCAGCACUAUUAAGUUAGUACUAAUGUUACUACUAGCACACUACUACUGAGUCAGCUACUGCAACCACUAACACGGACGCUCACAUAAGUGAUGGCCACAACUGCUGACAGGCGAACGGGACGGAAAGAGACGGAAGCCUGAUCAGGAUUUCUCCAAAAUGGACAGGAAGCAUGAAGAAGAAGAAGAAGGAGGAGGAGGAGGUCCAGACUAGGACUUGCGACUUUGCAUGCAUCUUAACGCGACACCACAGACUAAGAGAGGCCUGGUUUUAAAAGAGUGGAUGUGUGGCUGGUUUGUUGUGUGGAGCAGGUUCAGACAAAAUCCGCUGAGGGGUAUUUUGUAUGCGCCUGUGUGUAUAUGUGUGACUUUAUCUGUCAAGGCACAGCAGUAUAAACCCAGUAUAUCACACUGGUGAGCCUUCCCCUCACACAAGACUUGACUUAAAACCUCACAAGCUGGCUGAUCACAUGAUGCUGCUUUAAAGAGCCUGGAGGGGAUCUGUGCUUGGACUCACUGGAGGUUGUAACAUGCCUCAGAGUUUCACACUUGUGCAGCCUUACAAAAUGAACAUCCACGCGAACUUCGUAUAGAAGAUAAGGAGACACCAAAACCUAAAAAAAAACCCCUACGCAAUUGAAAGAGACGCUAAUGGAGGAGGAAAUCUUGUGCUCCUCUCUGCUACAUAGUACAGAUUCAGUUCUUCAGCAGCCCGAGCAAGACUCAUGGACCUGUAUAGACCAUCAGUACAUCAAUGGAGAACAGGAGGCCUUUGUUUUGGAUGAGACCGAGGUGGAGAUAAACCCGGAACACGGGACAGAUGACCUCAAUCUGUCCCCAGACACGGGACGAGAGACCCCCGAGGAGGCAGAGCAGUGGGAGCAGAUAAUAUGGCCGGUUCGUCCCAUGACCUGUGCCAGUGCUACGCUCUCUUUCGCCACCGUGCAGUGGGACAUGCCCGGUCCCUUUGCAGAGAAGCCCUCGCUGGUGACCGACAGGAGCCUGGCCAAUGAGCUGUACUCUGGUGGCGUGACGAGUCUAGACGCGGCUCCCCCGGCACUUCGCCAACCUGAGGACGACGGCUCCGAGCUUGUCAUGAAGGAGGAGAGAGAGGAACCAGAUGGGUUUGAUUCACAGCUUCCAAACUCAAAUGUUGAGGGGAUAGGAAAUGGUUAUGAGCCAUGUGAUGCCGCAGAUGUGCCAGAGCCGACGACACAGGAAGAGGAAGGUUCAACACACGAGCUGCCUGACAGCAUUCACGAAAUCGCACUCGGGACAGAAUCAGAACAAGACGACGGACACUCAGACGUGACCUCAGCUCCUGUGGAAACUGUGUACUUGAUCGAUACAAUUGAUGAGAGCGAGAGUUCAGAAGACGAGGCGGAACUCGAAGAGGAACAGGAGGGGCCCGGCGUUCUGCUGACUGGACAGGGACACUCAGAGGAGAGGCAAAAUUCAGCAAACAGUGGAGAGACUGAAGAAGUUCACGAGGAGGGAGGUGAAGAAGAAGAAGAGGAGCAGAGUGUGACAGACGCGUUUUAUGCCGAAGACAGUGAAGAGGCGAAGACUUUGAGCUGUCUGAGUGAUGUGGAGGUUUCUGCAGAGCCACUACAAACUGAUGAUACUGGACCAACCCUGAACCAAGAUAAGCUAAUUGAUCUGCUACGGUCAGAGCUUGUGGAGGAGAGUUGGGACUCGGCGACUGAAGAGAUACUGGAACCGUCACAUGAAGACCCCACGGUUUGGACUGAAGAGCCAGAAAUGUGUGAAGAUGUAGAUCAUGACGUGGAACCUGAGCAGCCAGAGGCUGUGGACGACGACGAUGAAGAAGCAACAAUACAGGAGGCAGAAAACGCAGAGGGGGUAGAAAAAUUACAAGAGGAGGAGAAAAGUUGUUUGGAGCAACAAGAUUGUGGGCAGACAACUUCUCCACAGCCUGAACGACCCGAGUGUGAGCAGCUGGAAACGAGCUGGAAACAAGAUCCUGAGCCGAUCCAGGAACACUCCGACCUGCUGGGACGGUCACAGCAUCUGGAGGAGUCACCAGAGAUAGAACUGACGAAACAGUCGGCCCAACCUGAGAACGCAGAGCAGACGGUAGAGGAGUCUACUCCGUCAGAGCAGACAGUUUGUGUCGAAGCCGAAGACCCCGAGGUUGCAGGGCCGACGGAGCCGAGGCUCUCCGAACAGCUCGUGCAGUCGGAGAGUUCAGAUGAGUCAGAAGUAAGAGAGCAGCUGUCUGCGGAGACUGAGCUCACACAGCAGACUGCUGAGGCUGAGUUCGAGCAGGUGGCCGCGGUGGAUGAGACGUCACAUCAGGAUGAAGAACCAAGAGGCUCAGAGGAUGGGAAUGUACACACGGUUAUGGCGACCGGAGAGCAACGCCAGCGUCCCGAGACAGCCGUGCCUCAUUUGAAUGGAGGUGAGGUGGACAGAGAGAUGGCAAGCCGCCUCGCUGAACAGCUGUUUAAGUUGGACGGGAUCCAACGUGUGGAUGUGGUGAAGCACUUGGAUAAAGAUAAUGACUUCAGUCACGCCGUCGGAGAGGAAUACCUCAAACUCUUUGACUUCACCGGGCAAACUCUGGAUCAAGCCCUGAGGUCUUUUCUGAGAGUGGUGGUGCUGAUAGGAGAGAGCCAGGAGAGGGAGCGUGUGCUGCAGCAUUUCGCCUACCGCUUUCACCAGUGCAACCCCGACGCCUUCUCCUCCUCAGGUGCCACGUUGGCUCUGACGUGUGCAUUAAUGCUUCUCAACACUGACUUGCACGGGCAGCAUGCCGGAAAAUCCAUGUCCUCCUCGAAGUUCGUGUCCAACCUGGAUGGGAUGAGUGAAGGUGAAAACUUCAGCAAGGAUCUCCUGAAAAGUCUUUAUAAUUCCAUCAAGAGCGAGCCGCUGGAAUGGGCCAUUGACGAGGAGGAGUUGAAGAGCUCUGUGUUGCCGGAAGAGGAUUCAGGAGACACGGCACCGUUGCAUUUAAAAGCCAACCCCUUCCAGGAUGUUCCUCAUGACAAAAAGGCCCCGGUGGUCAAAGAAGGAUUCCUCCAGAGGAAGCUCCACGCAGACAUUGACGGCAAACGCACUCCGUGGGGGAAAAGAGGCUGGAAGACUUUCUACGGAGUCCUGAGGGGAAUGGUUCUUUACUUACAGAAGGAUGAUUACAGGAGGGAUCAGCCAACUUAUGAGGAGGUGGUGAGUGUGCACCACUCUGUGGCCGAGCAGGCAGCCGACUACACCAAGAAGCCGCACGUCUUCCGUUUGCAGACGGCCGAUUGGAGGGUUUUCCUCUUUCAGGCCUCAUCUAAGGUGGAGAUGAACUCGUGGAUCAGUCGCCUCAACCUGGUUUCGGCUCUUCACUCCUCGCCUCCAUUCCCCGCUGCCGUCGGCUCACAGAGGAAGUUCUUCAGGCCUAUCCUCCCCGCCUCGCACUCUGCUCACACGCUGGAACGUCAGCUGCAGUCUCACACAGGAAUGCUCGAGUCCUUCAAGGCAGACCUGUCGUACCUGCAGCAAAACCCUCCAGAGGGGAGAAAAGCCCGAGCCAAGGAGUUGGAGGAGCAUCGCGUCAGAGCGGAGUACCUUCAGCAUGAGAUUUGUCGCUUUGAGACCUACAUCCAGGUGCUUGAGGGCUGGAAGAAGGUGGAGAAGACGGGAAACGGCGUGUCGAGCGCCGCAGAGCUGAGCCUGUUUGACAAAAAAGCCGUGUGUGCAAACUCAGUGAGGGAGGAAGCGGAGGAUGAUGGCGGCCUGAAAAAGUCCCACUCCAGCCCUUCUCUGGAGCUGGAGAUCGCUCCUCCGACCGUGAUCAAAGUCAGACGCAAUAUCUCUGAAAGACGGACUUAUCGCAGGACCAUCGUCCCUCGAUGGAAUAAAGACGCCUGAAUAGUGUCACUCGGAGAUGAAAGGACCGCUGGCAUGGCUUCGUUUUUCAAAGUUUGCAGGGCACCGAGCACAGAAACAGGGAAGCCCCAAAGUCAAAUAUAAAAUCCAUCUCAGCAAUUUCCCUUUCUGUGUUAUCUUGUGCACUUUUUCAAAAAAUGAACCUCAGGGAAUCCCC